AUGAAGAUCAAUGUCAUCCUGGUCUUCGGAACGGCCCUGUUGGUUCCGACACUGGCCGCAGUCGUUCCAGGAUUGCCGCCGAAGAAGCAAGCCGUUCUAAAGGUGAUGAGGAAGCUCGGCCAAGACAUUGGCUCAAGACUCCAACCGAUCUUCGAGGAGCUCCUGGUGGAUACGAACGUGACGAAUAAUUGCAUCGGUUCUCUCGUCAGAACCAUGGCUGCUGCUCGCGAGAAUGAGGAAUGGGCUUUACGAAUACUCCUCUCGUCGGGCUCGUUACCGACCAGCAUACUGGACGGCGGACUCGCCUCCUACGGUAGUUUCGAUCAAUGCCGGCGCGCCAGACGAUACAACUCAGAGGGUCAUUUAGCCUUCAGAGGUCAAUGGUGCGCAGUCACGAUCUUACCGGAUGACGACAUCGUGGAGCACAUCAGGCUGUUCUCGCCUUUUAAAGAGUUCUUGGUACGGGCUCCAGGUCAAGAUAGGAUUAUCCCGAAAAAUUUGAGGGAGUGGCACAUCGGAAUAAAGAUAGGCGUGUGCGUCCCCUCCUCAUGCAAUCAAGAUGAACUCCACUACAUUGUCAACAAAGCGCUGAUGGCUUAUGACAUAUCAGCCGUUGUAUCGGGAUGUCAGACCGACGAAACCAUCGCAUUGAGUACCGCACAGAAGAUUUCUCUGACAUACGUGCUGAUAACAGCUGCUCUAUUGAUCGUCGGGACCUUCCUGGAUUGGAAAAUCGAGAGAGGUGAUAAGGAAUCGAAAACGGUCAUCGAAGUUCUGAGCUUCUUCUCCAUCCGACGAAACACUGCGCGACUUUUAAAAGAUCCAAAAGACGAGAACGGGUCACUUCAAUUCAUGAGCGGGCUAAAAGUCCUCCUCUCGUUUUGGGCCGUCGUUGGGCAUACUCACUGUUUCCUUCAGCCAGAUAUGCUCGAAAACUUGCACGAUGGCAGCGAAGCAAUCAAGAGCUGGAUUUUCCAGCCCAUUCUCAACGCUUUCAUGGCGGUCGAGGCCUCCUUCUUCAUCAGUGGCUUCCUCCUGGGAUAUCUCACCAUCGUAAACCAGGAGAAGAUCCGCAAUGCCUGCCGGGGUCGUCAUAUCUCAGUGAUUUAUUCCACCGUCUUUCUGCGGCGAUACGUCAGGACUAUGCUUCCAGCUCUUGCGAUGUUGGCCUACAGUUUCCUGAUCCCCCUUUUAUAUGACUCGCCGAUCGCGAUCGAUAGCAUGCUCGCUGCUUAUGUCGGCAACUGUCCCAACAAUUGGUGGAAGUUGCCUCUCCUCCUAGGAAACACCGACUCUGUAUCAGAACUGUGCGCUAUCCACACAUGGUAUUUGGCCGUCGACAUGCAAAUUUUCGCUCUCGGAUCGGCUUUCGCUCUACUUCUGGUGUUCAGACCUAAGAUCGCUUUAGGUCUCAGUGGAAUACUCUGCGUGGUGGCCGCGAUGUCCACAGCCUACAUCACAUACAUUAUGAAUUUCGCCUACAUCAUAAUGUUCCAAGACUUCGAUUUCGAGCGAGUCUUUCGGACCCUCGAUUACGUCUACAUACAGGCCUACCCUCAUCUUCCGAACUAUUUCCUCGGUCUCAUCUGCGGAUACUUCAGUGCGCGCAAUCCCAGAACAUUCCUGUCCUUGCGAAUUCGGAUUGUCAUGUGGCUGAUCUCCACGCUCAUAGCUUCGUAUGUCGUUUUCGGUACGGCGAUCUGGUUCAAAUACGGGUUCCCAGAGCAUCUACCGGGAUCAAUCUACGCAGGUUUCCACAGGCCACUGUGGGGUCUGGCCAUGAUGUGGCUGACCUAUGCGAACACGACAGGCAGAGGCGGCAUCGUCAACGAGAUGCUCUCGCACCGGAUCUUCACGAUUUGCGGUCGUCUGACCUAUGGCAUUUACCUCAUGCACAUGAUAGUGAUAUCUGUCAAGAACGGAUAUCUCAAGGGUUCCGUAUUGUACACCAAUCAGUUUCUAGUGUUAAAGGACGCGCUGGGAAUAUUCGUAAUGUCUAUCUUCCUGGCCUACUAUCUGAAUAUUUCCAUCGAGGCACCCUUCGCCGCAAUGGACGAUAUGAUUUUCGGUGAGCGUCGGACAGCUACAUCGCGUAAGCAGCCGCCGGCUCUGAAAGGAUCAGAUGAUAAACGGCACGUGAUCAGCAUUCGUCAGGAUACUCCCCACACGAAGAUGUGA